CUGAGUUGGGCGCUCRGCGGGGCCGAGGGACUCGGCUGGGAGCCGAGCGCGGCCGCGGAGGGGCUCGGAGGGGCCCGCUCGCCCUCGCGUCGCCCGGCCCGGCCCGGCCGCCCCCCACCUGCCUCCCUGGGACCGCGGGCGGCGGCCGAGGAGGAAGCAUGCUGGUGGCCUUGUGCGCGCUGCUGGCCGCGCUUUCUGCGGCGCCCGGGGCGGCGCUGGCUCCAGGGGACUGCGCGGCGCUGGAGAUGGCCGGUGACGUGCUGAGGAGCCUGCCAGGGGCCAGCGUCACCCUGACCUGCCCCGGGGAGGACCUGGGGGCCAACGCCACCGUCCGGUGGGUGCUCGCUGGCUCACGCCACCGGAGCUGGGCCGGCGUGGGAAGGAGGCUGCUGCUGAGGUCGGUGCGCUUCGAGGACUCUGGGAACUACUCCUGCUCCCUGGACGGCCACCCGGCUGGGACCGUGCAGCUGCUGGUGGACGUUCCUCCGGAGAAGCCCCGGCUCUCCUGCUUACGAAGGAGCCUCCUCAGCAGCGUGGUCUGCGAGUGGAGUCCUCGGAACCCCCCGUCCCCCACCACCCAGGCGGUGCUGAUGGUGAAGAAGCUCGAGAAAGUCCCAGCCGAAGACUUCCAGGUGCCCUGCCAGUAUUCUGAGGACUCGCAGAAGUUCUCCUGCCAGCUGGAGAUCCCAGAGGGGGACAAGUCCUUCCACAUCGUGUCCUUGUGCGCGGCCAGCAGUGCCGGGAGCAGGGCCAGCGACCCCCAGGCGUUCGAGGGAUAUGGAGUCCUGCAGCCUGACCCGCCCGCCAACGUCAUGGUCACCGCGGUGGCCGAGAACCCCCGCUGGCUCAACGUCACCUGGGAAGACCCCGUCUCCUGGAACUCGGACUUCUACAGACUGCAGUUCCAACUCCGGUACCGGGCCGAGCCCUCCAAGGCCUUCACCACGGUCAGGAGCGCCCAGUACCACUGCAUCAUCCACGACGCCUGGCGCGGCUCCAGGCACAGGGUGCAGCUCCGGGCCCAGGAGGAGUUUGGACUCGGCUCCUGGAGUGAGUGGAGCCCCGAGGUCACGGGGGUUCCCUGGACAGAGUCCAGGAGUGUUCCGGCCGUGACCUCUGCGACCCCCUCCGCGGAGGUGCCUACGACUGAGGAAGAGGAGCAGGAGGAAGGCCGCAGGAAGGUCUCUGAAAAAGCAACCAGCCUCCCAGGGCAAGAUUCUCGGCCCGUGCCGCUGCCCACCUUCCUGGUAGCUGGGGGAAGCCUGGCCUUCGGCUCGCUGCUGUGCRUCGGCAUCAUCCUGAGGUUCAGGAAGACGUGGAAGACACAGGCCCUGAAAGAGUGCAAGACGGGCGUGCCCCCGCCGUAUUCCCUGGGCCAGUCCAAGCCGACCAUCGUGCUGGCCCCCCUCCUCUCCCCUCCCGUGUCCCCCAGCAGCCUGGGCUCCGACCACGCCCCGAGCCACAGCCGGCCGGAUGCCAGGGACUCGCGGAGCCCUUUCGACAUCAGCAACAGAGACUACUUCUUCGCCAGAUAGCUGUCUGGUGGCCCCUGGCAGUGGGGGGACAGAGGUGCUGAAUCGUGUGGGUGACGCAGCCCACGCUGGCUCUGAAAGACGCUUCUCACUGCCAUUCCAGCUCAUCUCAGGGGCGUGGGGCACUUGGCUUCACGCUGACGGAAGGUUCUAGACUGGUGGAAAUCGGCUUGCUGCACCUGCUCUGAAGGAGGAGCUGGUUGAGCUUUCAAACMGCUCUUCCCAAGCGCUCUGCUUCGGGGGUCUCAGCGACUCAGGACACUGUGAUGAAGCCGCACCAAGACUCGAUGGGCCCCAGGGUGUGGAGGAGCCGCCCGGCACCCCCACACCCUGACUCAUCUCUGCCCGCCCAACCCUCAGGCAGGGGCAGGGGCUUCCAGGAGGCCUGCCGUGGUGGCUGGCUCCUGCCCCUGCCCAGUCACACCUUGUCCCUCCGACUCUGGAAACCCAAGUGCCUUUGCCAUUCUGUUUCCCGGACCUGAGGGUGGCUUUGUGCCAACCACUGAAGCUGGGGAGGGAGCUCUUUCCUGCCUUCCCCCCACACUUGAAAAGCAACUGGUGUGUGAGKGUGAGCGUGAGUGUGUGUGUGUGUGUGCGGGGGUGGGGAAUAAGUCUCAGGGCCGAGGGUUUAAGUGGAAUCAUAACUAGCUCCUCACGAGCGUUGUGCUCACUGUGAAUGAUAAUCCUAGGCUUUUGCUGACUACAGACGCAGCUGUGCCAACUUUGUCCCCCGGUUGGGAUCUCAGGGCUUGAGGACAGAAGCAGAGAGGAAGGAGGGGAGUAGGGACAGGGUCUUCAAGGUCCCCUGUGGUAGCUGAGGGGGACCCCAGCUCUGGAAACCAGUUUCCUCUCCCCCCUGCCAGUGCUGGGAGCCAAGCCAGUUGACUUCAUCUUGGUCAGUGGCGGUGCCGGCYGGACCUGAGUGAUCGGUGCAGACGGUGUCCGUGUGGAAGGAAAAACGAAUCCGGCAAGAAUGUGCUUUGUGUUUUCAAAAACCUGCUCUUUUCUCUUGAGGUGCUGGGAGGCCCAGUCUUCUCUGGAUGUCGGUUUAUAAAUCACUUGGGGCSGGGCACAAUGAUUCUGUUGAGCACCAAACAAGUCCACUCAAAAAAGGAGGAGAAGAAGUUUCCCUURUGGAGAAGAGAUUCUGGUUUCAUCCCGUAUUUUGUUUUUGUCUUACAAACCGUAAAAAUAGUCUCUGCCUCUUCUCUGAA